AAUUACAAUUUCUGAAGGCAGUCAGAGAAUCCUGGGAAGCAGAGUGUCUGGACGGAGGCUGAGCUGGGUCUCUGACUCAUUUCUGACUUUAGGGUGAAGAAGGGGGGAAUCUGAUAAAGACAUAACAACAAACACAAAAUAAUUUGAUCUGCGAUAAGCAACUGUGAAAUUACAAUAACAGAUCCUGGGAAGUUCUACAAUCCUAAUUUAGUUUUUUCAAAGGGGGACAUGGCAAAGAUGUUCAGUUUCAUCCUUGUUGUCACCGCUCUGAUAAUGGGCAGGGAAAGUUCGGCGCUCGAGGACUGUGCCCAGGAGCAGGUGCGGCUCAGAGCCCAGGUGCGCCUGCUUGAGACCCGGGUCAAACAGCAACAGGUCAAGAUCAAGCAGCUUUUGCAGGAGAAUGAAGUCCAGUUUCUUGAUAAAGGAGAGGAGAAUAGUGUCAUUGAUCUUGGAAGCAAGAGGCAGUAUGCAGAUUGUUCAGAGAUUUUCAAUGAUGGAUAUAAGCUCAGUGGAUUUUACAAAAUCAAACCUCUCCAGAGCCCAGCAGAAUUUGCUGUUUAUUGCGACAUGUCCGAUGGAGGAGGAUGGACUGUAAUUCAGAGACGAUCUGAUGGCAGCGAGAACUUUAACAGAGGAUGGAAUGACUAUGAAAAUGGCUUUGGAAAUUUUGUCCAAAAACAUGGUGAAUAUUGGCUGGGCAAUAAAAAUCUUCACUUCUUGACCACUCAAGAAGACUACACUUUAAAAAUCGACCUUGCAGAUUUUGAAAAAAAUAGCCGUUAUGCACAAUAUAAGAAUUUCAAAGUUGGAGAUGAAAAGAAUUUCUAUGAGCUGAAUAUUGGGGAAUAUUCUGGAACAGCUGGAGAUUCCCUUGCGGGGAGUUUUCAUCCUGAGGUGCAGUGGUGGGCUACUCACCAAAGAAUGAAAUUUAGCACGUGGGACAGAGAUCAUGAUAACUAUGACGGGAACUGCGCAGAAGAAGAUCAGUCUGGCUGGUGGUUUAACAGGUGUCACUCUGCAAACCUGAAUGGUUUAUACUACAGCGGCCCCUACACGGCUAAAACAGACAAUGGGAUUGUCUGGUACACCUGGCAUGGGUGGUGGUAUUCUCUGAAAUCUGUGGUUAUGAAAAUUAGGCCAAAUGAUUUUAUUCCAAAUGUCAUUUAAUUGUUGCUGUUGGGCUUUCAUUUCUGCAAUUCAGCUUUGUGUAAAGUGAUUUGAAAAAUACUCAUUCCGAACAUACCAUGCGCAAUCAUAACUGUUGUGAGUACUGCUUUUCAUUCUUCUCACUUGCCUUUGUUACUUAAUGUACUUUCAGUACAGCAGAUAUGCUAUAUUCACCAAAUAAACGUAGAUUGUGUUAAUAUUUAUUGAA